ACUUGUUAGCGUGUGUCAUUUGAGUUGGAAUGUGAGGAAGAGGAACGUUGUUACCACACCACAGUCAGUUUCAGUGUCUGGUUUCAAGGUCAGGUAGACCUGAAUAGCUGCAUACAUCGUAAUUCGUAGUGCACAGGUUUUAAAGUUUGAAGAUGGAAGAUGAUAGAAAGUGUUGAAAGUAUACAUACUAUAAAACCUGGGAGAUUGUGACAAUAGCAUUACAAAGACUUCAGUCAUAAAAAUGAUAAAUAACAGUAUUAAUAAUAAAUCUUAUCAAAAUCAACGAGUAUUUUUCAACUCGUCUAUAUAUCAAAAUAGUCAGGAAAAACCACGUGACAUAUUGAGAUCGUUUGAUUCAUCCAAUACUCCCAAUGAACUGUUUAAUAAAAAUCAAUGUGUUUCAUUAUCUAAUACAAAAAGUUUACAGAAAACAGAGACUAAAUUUGGUGGCUUGGGUGAUGGAAAGAUCCAUGAAAUGAAAACUAUGAGUAUUUUUCCAACAGAAGAAGAUUUAUUGCGUGAAGCCUGUGCAUUGUCAUUGAAUUUAAAAACUGGUCCUUACAAAGGAUGUGGAUCAUUACUUGACUGUACAGUUCAGGCUUCUUCGCGAAAAUUUUAUGGCCCCUCUUCGAGAAGGAAUCGCAGAAUAUUUUAAGGACAGUUCACUCACUAAAGAAGAAGAAGAAGAAGAAGAUGAAGAAGUGGAGCCUGACGUUUUUAUUUGCCAUGAUGUAAAAAUAUUAGAUGCUUAUUUUAUUGAUGGUGGUAAAUUUGGCCAUGAGAUAUAUUUUUGUAAUGAUGAGAAUUGGAAGGAGCUGUGCAAAUUUGGAUCCCUGCUAUUGUUUACGACAAACAGCUUUCAAACUUUUUUUUCAGCAACUGUGAUUGACAUAACUCACAUGAGAUUGAUGGUUCGUCUUGACCCAAAGCAUUACAUUCUUUAUGACAGUAUCUAUGACUGCCAAUUCACUGUAGCUAUUCCAAAACUGCACUUUGAGCCAUACUUUCACGUGUUGAGUGGUCUUCAGAGAAUGGGACAAGAACAAUUUCCCAUGGAAAAAUAUAUAAUAAAGGCUCAUACAACACCAAAACCACCUGCUUACAUUGCAGAGCUUGGCCUUAAAACAUACACAAUAAAUGGAAAACAUUGUGUUGAUAUUUCACAUCCUUCUUGGCCAAAGUUUGAUUCGAUGAUGUUUAAUUCAUCCGAGCAUCUUGCCUUCCGAGCAGCCCUAACUAAUGAGUUUGUGGCAAUACAAACACCACCAGGAACAGGAAAGACCAUUCUGACCCUAGAAAUAGUCUCUGCUCUUCUUGACAAUGUGAGAAUUGACACUCCCAUUCUAGUAGUCUGCCAUAGUAACCACGGUUUGGACCAGCUCCUGGAGGGUAUAUUAGAGAAGACCAAAAAAAUCAUCCGAAUUGGUAGCAAAAGCCGGAAUAAAAAAUUGGAGCAGUUUAGUAUAAAUAAGCACCGCCCUAAACAGUACGGUUAUGGUGCUCUUGCAGGGGACAUGAAGAGGUUGGCUAAACAGUAUGCAAACAAAAAAUUACUGAUUAAUUAUGCGAUUGAUGAUGAUGUGUCAGACAUGGUAUUCAAUGAACGCAUUAAGCAAGAGAUGAGGAAAAUUGAGGAGAAAAUUCAAGAGUUGGAAAAAAAAUUAGAGAACGCCAGACAUACAGCUGACAUAAGUGUUAUGCGAAAAGCCAGUGUAGUUGGUAUGACUACUACUGGCGCUGCCAGACUACGGCCUUGGUUAAAUCAGCUCGGAGCAAAGAUUGUGUUGAUCGAGGAGGCAGCAAAAGUUUUGGAGGCACAUAUCAUUACGGCUCUUGGAAGCCAUUGUGAACAUGUUAUCCUCUUUGGUGACCACGCACAGCUGAGGCCUACCCCUGAAGUGCAGAAACUUAGCGACGAUUACAAUUUCGACAUUUCAUUAUUCGAACGGAUGGUAAAUAAUGGACUGUUCUGCUAUCGACUUAAUGUCCAAAAUCAAAUGCGACCAGAGUUCUCUUCUCUCAUCACCCCUACCUUCUACGAUGACCUCACCAAUCAUUCGUCCACUGAAAAUCGGCCAAAUAUUCUAGGAGUGGAUAAAAAUCUGUAUUUCAUCAAGCACAAAGAAAAUGAAAAUCAACGGCAGCGUUCAAUGAGUUUCAGAAAUGAACAUGAGGCAAACUUUGUGGUACAACUAGCUAGGUACCUAAUAAAGCAGGGCUACCAACCAAAAGACAUAACUAUCCUGGCAACCUACUCAGACCAAGUGAAAUACAUUACUAAGAUAAUGAAGAAUCUUCCACAACCCUUGGGGCUAAGUGUUUCAGCCGUUGAUAACUUUCAAGGCCAAGAAAACAAAAUCAUCAUACUUUCAUUGGUUCGUGGAAACAAAACAAGAAAUGUUGGUUUUUUGAAUUCAAGAAAUCGAGUGUGCGUUGCCCUGUCUCGGGCUAGAGACGGAUUUUACAUUAUCGGCGACAUGGACUUGCUUGUCAGCUCAGCUAGCAUAUGGUGGCAAGUGGAACAAUCACUGGAAAGUCUCAAUGCAAUAGGAGACUCACUGAAUAUCCGCUGCCAGAAUCAUCCGAAACUACUGAUUCCGGUGUCAAAUGGUAGUGAAAUAGCCAGGAUCCUGGAUAAAGGCUGUCAGAAGAACUGUGGGGCACAAUUACGGUGUGGCCAUAGCUGCAGUUAUCAAUGUCAUCACAGAGAUCGGAAACAUGCUGGGCAAUACAAAUGCUGCCAGAAGUGUGGGGCACAGUUACGGUGUGGCCAUAGCUGCAGUUACCCAUGUCAUGACAGAGACCGAGAACAUGCCGAGCAAUACAAAUGCGGCCAGAAGUGUGGGGCACAAUUACGGUGUGGCCAUAGCUGCAGUUACCCAUGUCAUGACAGAGACCGAGAACAUGCCGAGCAAUACAAAUGCGGCCAGAAGUGUGGGGCACAAUUACGGUGUGGCCAUAGCUGCAGUUACCCAUGUCAUGACAGAGACCGAGAACAUGCCGAGCAAUACAAAUGUCGCCAGAAGUGCUUGAAAACCAUUUGUGGUAAAAGCCAUCCUUGCCCAAAGGCCUGUGGAGAAGUGUGUCCACAUGUGUUAAAACUAUACAAAACAAACUUAUAUCCCCAGCGGUACUUACAUCUAAGAACCCCAUCGUCCCGGUGAGGCAUGUUUCCAACAAUCCCAUAGCCCCAACAAGACUUGAUGCCAACAAUCCCACUACUUUAGCAGAAAUGACACCUAACAAACCCAUAUCUCCAGUGGUACUUACAUCUAAGAACCCCAUAACCCCAGUGAGGCAUACCUCCAACAAUCCUAUAGCCCCAAGACUUUUUGCCAACAACUCCACAAUUUCAAUAGGAAAUGUACCUACCAACACUGCAAACCCAGAAGUAUCUACACCCAAAAUCCCCACAAAGCUUGUUGGGUCUACCUCCAAUUUUACAACCCCAACAAGACUUGGUACAUACAACCCCACAACACAUAGCAUUUCCAUAACUCGGCAAAUAAUUGGCCCCAAUAAUUACAUAACUUCAGCAGGGCCAAACCCCAAUAGACCAAUAGUGACCCCCAUAUGGAAUAAUCUCAAUAAUAACACAACCUUAGCUAUGCAAAUCCUCAACAAACCCAUAACACCUACGGGAAGACCGAGUACAACCUUUGACUACUAUGAUGAGUCAAAUUUUGCCACAACUGGGAUUCCUGUAGGAGUAGUUUCUCCCGUAACAUCCAGUUCUAUUCCUCUGUCACCAGUUCUCUAUGAAAAAGAAGACUUGUCCAGAUCGAGAGGCUUGCCUAGAAGAGCGUUUGACGCUGUGCGAUCUGCAGUUGUGUCUGUUGGAAGAUGGGUUGCUCGUCCGUUGCUCAGGGAAAAAUAAAUAUUGUCGAUCUUACCAGAAAAUUGUCCUUGUACCAGUGUCGAUGUUGAUGUGGUCACCAUCAAAUGUUGGUAUUGGUGUCUAAUAGGUUGUGAAUAUAGUACAUGAAACAAUAAUUAAAAAUAAAAUUUAACUUACCAUACUUACCGUGCGGCCCUAACUUUGCCUGUAUAAAUAAAGAAUUUCUCAUUUCAUUUAAUUUACAACAGAAUGUUUCUUGCAAGGCUGGCUUGGAAAAAAGAAACAGUUUGAGACUGAAUAAAGUUUAUUAAUUAUUUAUUAUCUACAGUCAAAGUCCAGGAUAUGCAGUACAUAGCAGAAUAAUGUGCAGUAGUAUUAGUAGCCUAGUAGUACUGUACAUUUUAAACAUAACUAAAUGGUGUAGUACAAUAUUUUGCAUACAAGCCACUUUUUCAAAACAUAAAUUUUAAACAAUGUAGCCUAAAAUUGAUGGUAAUCGCUACUGUUGCAUUUUACGUUUAUAAAGUUUGUCGAUAUAAAAUCUAUAUAACUAUGCUAUGGUUACUGAAGCAUUCAUGAUAAAAAAUCCGCAAUGAAAUUAAUAUCUUUAUCGUGGCACUCAAAAGGUCAUCCUGACUAACCCAUAAAAUAAAAUAAUUAAUUAUUCAUUUAGUACUGCUGUGUUGCAUGUCUUGUUAUUUAAUAGCCAAAUUCCAUAUGUUAUUUCUAGGCUAGUUCAUUCUGCAAUCUUAAAUUUGUAUUUCAAACCUUUUUAAAUUACACUGAUUUCAACUUGGAUUUGAAUAUGUUUUAUGCUGGUCUCUUUUGUUGCUACAUACUUUAAAAGUCUGCAUGAACACUUGUAUAAACUUAUAAACAUAUGUAUACAUUCAUGAAGGAAUGUUAAUGGAUAUUUCUAGAUUAAUAGCCCAGUCAAUCUAGGUUUUUACCCGGAAAUGCGAGGUAUAAAGCUAAUUUUUUUGCACAGAUGUCCGUUAUGGUAUACCAAAUCACAUCCUAAAAGUCCCCGCCCGUCC